AUGGGAUUGAGGAUGGGGAAUGCACACACUGCAUCGGAAAUAAAAAAGCACAAGAGGGAAAGAAGCAGAAGGCUUUUUCUAGAGGCUUAUGGAUUGACAGCAGACCAGAACUUGUCCAAAGAUAGUGUAGGAAGGUACAUAUGUAUAAUCUGUAAAACCAAGCAUCUGACAGAAAUGAGUUAUGUGAAACAUAGGGAGGGGAAGAAGCAUCGGGAGAAGCUUUCAGCCAAAGAAGAAGUUAAAUCCAACAUUCCCACCCAUAAUACACGAUGCCUAGUAAAGGGAGACAGAAAGGGAUACGGGAUUGUUAUUGAUUACAAGCUUGCUGAAGAAAUGCCACAGUACCGCUUUGUAAAUAGCUUAGAGCAAGCUGUUGAGGACUAUGAUGAGUGUUUUGGGUAUCUUGUAUUUAUAUGCAAGCCAUACGAGAAUGUCGGAUUCAAGUUUGAAAGCAAGAAGGUCGAUAAGGAUUCCAUAUAUGAGGAUAUCGAUGAAGAGACAGGAACAUAUACAUUCCAUUUUUAUUUUUUGGAGGGCCCAUGA